GCGCGCGCUCCCGCCGGCUCCCCGUUAGGAGCCUCUGCCCGCUCGCGCGCCCGUCCUAAGCAACCACCAACCCGGCCUUGUUUACGGCAGCCGCAAAAGGGACGUAAAAGCGCCGCCUGGGCGAAGAGGCUGGUUGAGGUAAAUGCCGGGUGUUUUUCGGCGCGGUUCAGGGCGAUGGUCUCUGUCGGGCGGGGGGCGGUGUUGGUGGUGGGAACUCGGCCUUCGACGGCGCCGGGUCUCCUCCGGGCCCAGCGGAGAGUUGGCUAACGUGAGUUCUCCCCCCACCUCAGCCACCGGGGUCCUUCGGCGAGUCGGACCGCGGGGUUCUCUUCUCGCUCCCUCAGCCUGCGGGGCAUCUGCGCAGGGGAUGGUGGGCGGGUGGCUUGCGCUAAGCGGACCCCGGAGGCUGCCCUUGCCGUUGGCUCCUCUCCCUAGCCGCCGCGCCUGGGAAGGUGCGUGGCUCCCGGUGCCAGAGAGCGAGAGAGACAGGAGGGUGGGCUGCCGCAGUUCGUGUCAUGUCAGUCAGUCCUUGGAGCCGUGUAAUCGGAGCGGGUGCCACUGCUGGGACAAGUCAAAACAACCACCCUCCGCGCUACAAACACACACGCAGGCAUGCCACAGUUUGCGUCAGGUACAGGCGUGGCAGGCUCAGGACAAGGCUGCACCUAGUGUCUCGAGACCGCGGGAUGGUCAGACUUGCAUGGAGUCCAGAGCGUUAGCCCAGGUAGCGGCCCUUCAAGGUCUCAGGUAUAGUUCUUUCAAUCAGCCUCGCCGCCUGCUUCCCUUCAGCCGCUAUGGCAUCCCUGUUCUCUUUACAGGAGGCUUACAUGCAAAGUAUGUGCCCUGACAGUGAAAGAGUGGUGCUUUCACUUCCCUAAGGGCAGGUGUGGGAUUUCCUCAUCCCCUCCCCCCAUCCUUGGAGUAAUUUUUGUAGCCUGGUGACCAGAGAGGAGACUUUGGACUGGAUCUUGGCACUGUGCUUUUUCUUUAGUUUGUGACUGUUGAUACUGUAUUGACUCAGUGCUUCUGACCUGCUUAUUUAACUGAAGUGAAUUAUUAGCAAGGGUCUGGCAAGCUUCUGUUGUACUUUUAAAGGACAGAUGAUUUCUGGAACUCUAGGCAACCUGAGGGAGUUCAAGGAAAAAAAUGCUUUCAUUUUGUGUCAUCCGUAAGACUUGAGUAAGAUUUCUUCAGUUUUAUCUCUUUAUCUUCUAUUUAUUUUGCUGAAUCCUGUAAAAGUUUUCUCCUUUCCUGUGCUUCUUGUCACUCUUUGCAAAACUACUUCUCAUAUUGCAGCAGAUGGAUGCUUUCUGCUUGUAUUAAUAGCAAGGAACAAAUAAAAAGGUGUUCUUUGAAGUACAAACUUAAGUUUCAGUUAGAGAAAUUGGCAUGUCCAAAUGCCCCCAAUCAAAAAGAGACCAUUUAUUAAACUUGUUCCUUGUAUUUACUCUCAGAUAGUUCUAGUCCUUGUUCUAUGUCCCUGUAUAUGUCCAGAUUCUCCUAAAGUAGCUUUUAGUUGUGACAAAUGGCUGCUAAAUGCCAUGUUGGUGGCCACAAACUAAUAGCAAGUCUUGGCUGAUCUGUUUUCUCUAUCCCGAGCCAACUUGAAGAACAGCAUAGCCUGGGACAGGCACUGUGGCCAUGCUCACAUGUCAUUGUAAACUGUAAGCCAUGGAUUACCAUGCAUGAGCUGAUUGCACAUCCUUUGCUCACCCCAGUUGGGAAGAAACUAACCAUGACUUCUGCUGUCUUCAUUUUAUGGUUCCUGUCUAAUUGUAGUGGGGGCACUUUUUCUGUCACGUGAAUCUCUGAGCACUGUUUGUUUUGUUUGUGAGUAGGCUUGGGCCUUCAAAUAUCUCAUGUUUUGCUAUGAAACACUCGAGACAUUCCUGACAGCUUUCCACCUGUUACAUUAAUCUAAAUACUUUAUGUUCCAGAUAGACCAGGAUCUUGAGAUACUUUACAACGGUUAAAAUCUGUCAAAUACAACAUCAAGGCUAAUAAAUCCAUGAGUGGGAAUCGAUCCGUGAAGAAACGAUGUGGGGAAUUGCAGUUGGAAUCCCCUGUGCGCUAUGGUCAUGUUCCUUCAGCAGGAUGUACAUUAAGCAAACUGCUUCAGUUGCCUACGCCACCUUUGACAAAACAUCAGCUAAAACGGCUAGAAGAACACAAGUAUCAAAGUGCUGGACGGUCCCUGCUUGAACCAUUAAUGCAAGGUUACUGGGAAUGGUUAGUUAGAAGAGUACCAGCUUGGAUUGCCCCUAAUCUGAUUACAAUAGUUGGACUGAUAAUAAACAUCUGCACAACCAUAAUAUUAGUGUGUUAUUGUCCGACAGCUACAGAGCAGGUAAGCUAAAUAUCUCUUAACGUUUCUUUGAGGAAGGGAUUGUACUCCUGUUGAACGGCUCAGUAUUAUAUUUACUUUGGUGUUCUGUUAACAGACAUAUCUGGAGUUUUAUGUAUGUAAUUUUUGCUCUUAAAGGAUCUAAAUUAUGUUUCUAAAAUUCCCAAUAAUACUUUUGCACAAUCCUUAAUUAUUUCAAAAAAAGAUACAUUGUUCAUUUUCACAAAGGUUUUCAUAAUAUCAUGAGCACUAUGCAAUGCAUGUUGACUGAUGUGUGACAGAAUGUGAGAAUGAUAGAAAGUUUAGCAGUGGAGCUCAUAAAAUUUGUAACAAGGGCAGAGAUAUCAAACAUAAACAUGAAAAAUAUGAAGAAUAUCAAAAUGCCUCUCUCCCAAGGUCUGAUACUACCAGGCUCUUGUCAUUCUCUGAGAUCUGGAGAUUUAAAAUGUUUUAAAAUAUAUGUGGGGGGAAGCAAAAGUUGAGCUGUUUAUUGUUGGAAUUCAGCUAUCAAAUAUUGGAGGACUCUGCACACAUCACACCAUUGCAAUAGAUCUCUUUUCCUUAAUUCAAGAAGCUUUCUGUAGUACACGAUCUCAGUUUUCCUUCCAUCUGUACUGCUGUGAAAUAUAUAUGUAAUAAGCUCUAAGUGACUCAGCACCCUACUAAUGAAACUUGCUUAUGCUGAGAUACUUGUUUUUCUGCCUUUACUUAUGUAGUGUUUAGCAGCUGCUUAGCAGGAUUCCUGCUUGAAAACUUAUAUGUGAAAGGGAUUACUACUGAUCUGUAUUGUGCUUCGCCAGGCACCUAUGUAUAUCCAUAUAGAUAAAGUGAAGAUUAUAUAAAUUUUUGAAUAAAUAAAAUAUAAAUAGCAUGUUAAAAAUAGAAUCUUAAGGUUUGAAAGCAUCAUCAAGUAUUACCUAAUUAAUCUCUCUUCUUCUAAGAAAGGAGCAGGUUCACCUUAAGUUUCUUGACAGAUGCCUGCGCAUAAUGGAGAUUCCCCAACUUCUCAAGUAGUUAGUUCAGUGACUGUUCCAAAUAUUAGGGAAUUCUAAUUAUACCUUCCCGUAUUUUGACUCUAAUCAAUAGGUAAAUAAUCCCCCGCCCCUUCCUUCCCUUCCUGCAUCUUGGUUCUUUCCUAGGAUAACCAUACUUUCUUCUUUUUACUCUUCUGGCAAUUGAUCAUUUUUAUAGCUCUUCACUGGAUCUUUUCCAAUUUUUGCACAUGGUACUCCAAAUGAGGCCUUAUAUCGGGGUGGAAAACCUCCAGCCUGUGAGCCUAAUCUGGCCCACCAGACCUCCCCAUUUGGCCUGCCACACCAUUUUGGCCAAGGCAUGCCCAGCUGCCUUGACUUCAUAUACAAUGCUACCUCCGGUUACAACUUAAUUCGUUCCAGAGGUCCAUUCUUAACAUGAAACCGUUCUUAACCUGAGGCGCUCUUUCACUAAUAGGGAGUCCCGCUGCGCAUGCCCCUACAGUGCGUGACUUCCACUCACAUCCUGGGGCAAAGUUCGCUUCCAGGAGCACCUAUUUCCGGGUUAGCGGAGCUCAUUACCUGAAGCGUUUGCAAGGAGGAUGGUAUGUAACCAGAGGUAUUACUGUAUGGUGUCAGGUGUGGGAAGGUAAAAAGGUGGUUGCGUUGGGCCAAAGGUAGCUUUUGAAGCACCACUGUUAGUUGGUUGUCAGGACUUCAAGCACAACCUCAGCAGUUUUGCAAGCCUCUUUGCAAUCCUCAGCUCUGCUAGGAAUUCCAAUGAUCAGCUGGUCAUCAGCACUUUGAAGAGCUCUGUGCAGUGCAUUAAAGUCCCAACAAUCAGCUGAUUGUCAGGGCUUCAAAGCCCCGUAUCACUCAACAUCAUUGUAACAUCAGGUGCUUGAGAGGUGGGCAGCCCCACCCAUGUGUCAAAUUUGGCCCAUGAGUUAGAAGAGAUAAGAAUCUGGCCCAUUAUCUGGAUGCAGUUUCCCACCCCUGUUGUUGUUGUUCAUUACAUGUAUUACUUACCCUUCAUGAGCAUGUCCCAGUGUGGGUUACAACAAUUUAAAAUUCAGUGUUAUAACUGUUAAAAUUGAUUACAAUCAAAGGCAUAAAGUGGGCCCUGAAAACACCCAUUUCAAGUAUCAAAGGCCAGGGUAAAGAGGUGAGUCUUCGGCAUUUGCUGGAAGCUAUAUAGUGAAAAAGCCAGUUUCACCUCUGUGAGGAGGGAAUUUCACAACAGAAUUCUCUUUUCCAGGCCGCCACCACCCUGAACUUCUGAGAGGUAGAACUACUAAGAUGGUCCUUUCUGCUGAUCUUCACAUUUGGGGUGAGGGGGUGUCUGUAGAGAAUGAGGCAGUCUUUAAGAUAUUUGAGUCCUAAGUCGCUUAGGGCCUAUAGGCUCAACAGAACAAUAUUAUUGCCUAUGGCAGGGGUGAGGAACCUCAGACCCAGAGUCUAAGAGAGGAAUUCAGCGUAGCACUAAGCAGAUUGCUCCAUCAGCGCAAGCGUUACUAUUUUCCUGAUAGAAUGAACUGUCUUCUUCCCACAUGUGCUGUUCUGGGGUUUUUUCCAACCCUUCCCCAACACCUGUUUGUGGGGCCAUGGGGGGAGGAUAGGGGGCUUCUGCUUAUGGGACUAUUUAGUGAAACUGAGCCAUAGAUAUUGCUCUCCAGGCCUCUAUCUGCAGCCCAUGGGACUCUCCACAGACCACCCAGUCUUCCUAGGCCACACUUCUUAAAGGCUUUGCCUAACACUUCUUCAUGUGUUUUUGUCUGGUUGAAAUGUGACCUUAAACUGUGAUGACACCUCUUGCUUGCCUGGAUGAAGGGAUGGCUUGCUUUGCAUGGUUGAAAGGAAGAAAGUUAAGAGUCGCUUUACUCUGCCCCCUUUUACUUCUGGACCCUUGUACAGCUUGGCAUGUGCUCCCCCGAAAUAUUCCCCGCGAGGUAAUGCAGGCUUUGGACUAAAAAAGGUUCUCCAUCUUUGGUUUACAUAGUCUUUGAGGAAUUGCUUCAGUAAUAAAAGUAAGCAUUUCAUUGUCUCUUUUGAUUUCAGGUCAGAUUGUUGACUUGUGCUAAUUUUGUUUUUGUUAGUUACCAAAAAAUCUUUAGUAAUGCUACUGCUUGUCUAGAUCUUGUUUUCAAAACUCACACUUUUCUCUAUUAUAGCUUCCUUCCCUUUGAAUUUUGAAUUUUUGCAACAAGUGUUGGCAAUCCAUCCUAAUCUGUGGUUUUUUGUGUAUUUGCUGUCCACUUCUUCAUCCAGAUAAUUAAUGAGGGCACAGGGCAGCACUGUGGCCUUUGCAUAACUCCACUUAAUACUUCUUUCUUAUAUUUAAUCUGUCCAUUAAGUACUACAUCUACCUUUUAGUAUUAUUGAGUAUUUCCAGUUGCUGCUCAUCCAGACAAGAGCAAAAUUAGGAGUACAAAUAGUCAUAAGAUUUUGGGGAUCAGUACUUCUGGACCUGCACUGUACAAGUAAAAGAUCCCAUGGAUCUGGCAUUUUAGAAGAACCACUUUAUUCAUAAGCACAGUUAAACUCUGCUAUCAAUAGAGGCAUUUUCCUCCUGACAACAAUCCAGUGUGAGUGUUGUACUUUGUAUCAGACUCUCAGAACACAAUUGGGAAGGCCUUGAGACACAUCCUUUAUCUUGUAAUUCUUGUUUCCCUAAAUAUUUAAGGUACUUCUUGGAAACCCCAUAUAUGCUGAAGUUACUUAGUUACAUCUGUCUUGUUUAUUUAUUUCAUAUGUCUUCCUCAUACUCAUUUCAUAAAUAUACAUGUGUGAUUCAAUGUCACCUUCUAAACAAUGAGCAAGAAUGCUGCUUUACUACUACUACUACUAAGUUAUUCUCAAGUAGUACAAGUAUGUAAGAUAGUACUUUGCAAACAUCCAGCUGAUUAGCAAUCCUUGAGAAGUACAAGUUGAAAUAUAUUGAGUUACAGUUAAAAUCCUGCCUCAGCUCUUUGAGUAACUAUCUGUAUAUACACCCUGAGACAUGCACAGAGUUGUUUCUGUAAGACAGGGAAAGAAUAUUUACUUAGGCUUCUGAUGAUGUUUAAAUAGAGGGGGAGGAGAAAAAUGGAGCAGAGAAAUUAUAGUUCGAGGCGACAUUUUAGGGGAAGUGUCAUAGAAAUAUAUAAAAUGACUAGCAAUAGUAUUUAUUACAAAAUUGAGAUUAAUUGAUACAGACUUAGGCAUUGUUGCUCAUCAAGGCAUUAAAAAUCUAGAUCAGCAUUUAUGAUAUACUGCUGUAUUGCAGAGCACUGUUUUGGUUUUCCUUUUGAGAGUGGGAUUGAUGGCUGGAUCAGCAUAUUUUUUGCAUAAUAUUGUUACGGCAGUAUACAACUUAUAUUUUAUGAUCACCCAGUAAAGCAGACAGGCUUCAUACCUUAUAAGAAAUUAUUAUUUCUUUGUGUAAAACCAAAAAAUGGCAAAAAACAGAAAAAAUAUUCACCAAAACCCAAAUCACUCAUAUCUAUAUAGCAAAGGUUUGUUGAAAUUUUCUCCCCUUUACUGCAGUUCUCUUAAAUACACAUUGGUAGUUAAAUGUUAACUAUUUCAAGAAUGGGUGCCAGUUUGUUUCUAGGGUGGUAUGCAAUAAUAAAAUGCAGGAAUCAAACAUUCCCACUUGACAUGGGGCCUUUGAAAUUUCUAUGCACUUUUGAAAAUGUAUUGAAAUAGUGAUUUAGAUUAUUUGAGGCUUUGGCCCAAAUGAGCUCUGAAAAUUUCCCCAUUCCUUUGUGUAUCUUAAGCAUGGCCAGAGAUUGCCUUUUUACAUUCUUGGCAAGUAGGAUGCAGUGUUUCUAGUCCUGGUAAGAAUCACCUAUAGGAAAGCUAAUGUAGUGCUCAAAGCUGGAGAAGUAAUUGUGUGAACAAGUUAUUUACUGAGGGCUUUAUAUAGUAUUGACAUUUUAAAAAUCUAAGAAAUUUGGGAAGUAGCCUAAUCCUAGACAUUGUAAAUGUUUGGUAAAAAUGUGUGCCAUAGAAUCUGUGCUAAGGGUAAAUUUUGAGAGAAUUUGUUUCUUUCCAGUAUGUUACAUAAACUGUAAAACUAAGACAAUAACAGUGCAUAGUUUGUUAUUAUUUUAUUUAUGUGGCACCUUAUACGCAAAGAUAUUAAAGUGAUUUACAUAGUAAACAAAUAUGAAAAACUUACAAGUGAUCAAACAUUCCCACAAAGUUGCCAAAGUACACAUGUCCUGCUAUAAAACUAUUACAAGCCAUCACAAUAACACUGCAAGCAGCUAAAAAACCACCCACUGAGAGUGAGUAAGAGACAGAUGUCAACACUCAAGUGUUUGGGUGUAUAAAACAAAGUCACCACCUGGUGCAGAAAAUAUUUUGGGAAAGUCUGUGGCUCAGUGGUGGAGCUUUCAUUUUGCAUGCAAAAAGUUACAGGUUCAAUAUGUGGCAUAGCCAGGUAGGGCUGGCAGAGACCCCUGUCUAAAAAUAAUGCAGACCUACUGCCAGUCAGUGUAGAUAGUGCUGUGCUAGAUGGACCAAUGGUCUGACUUGGCAUAAGGCAGCUUCUUAUGUUCCUGUGUUAUGCUUGGAGCCAGGUAUGCUUUUCUGGGAUGAAUGUACCAGAGACCCAUUACAGAAUUAGGACUUGUUGGACUUUGAGACUUAUUCUCAGGUAUCCUGCACAAUACAUGGGUAUUUGGGAGUGGGACCUAUUGAGCAGAGUGAAACUAGCUUCAUGUGUCAGAUUAAACUGUAAGAGUACUUGAGGCAAACCAUGUCAUCACAGCUAGGUUUUCCACACUCCAGAAAAGUGGGAAUAUUUAUAACCUUUUACAGAUACAGUGGUACCUCGGGUUAAGUACUUAAUUUGUUCUAGAGGUCCAUUCUUAACCUGAAACUGUUCUUAACCUGAAGCACCACUUUAGCUAAUGGGGUUUCCCGCUGCUGCUGCGCUGCCGGAGCACAAUUUCUGUUCUCAUCCUGAAGCAAAGUUCUUAACCUGAGGUACUAUUUCUGGGUUAGCAGAGUCUGUAACCUGAAGCGUCUGUAACCUGAAGCGUAUGUAACCCAAGGUACCACUGUAGUUAAAACUGGAAAUAAAUUUGCAGCAUGGGAGAACCACAUCUGAUUUAAGACCCUGUAAACUUUUUAUUGACAUUAACUGCAGUCACAUGCUUUCUCUCUUAGGCACCUGCUUGGGCAUAUAUUGCAUGUGCUUGUGGCCUUUUCAUAUACCAGUCUUUGGAUGCUAUAGAUGGGAAGCAAGCGAGAAGAACCAAUAGUAGUAGCCCUUUGGGAGAACUUUUUGACCAUGGCUGUGAUUCACUGUCCACAGGUAUUAUGUCAUAUAUUACUGAAAUAUAAGGGUCUGUUAAGUGGUUUAUACUUUGAAGGAUACUUGGGAUACUGAACUGCUGCUGGGAAGUUUCUGCCUUUGCACAUGAGUCUGGGAAUGUUCUGAUCAGUUCACAUUGAGUUCAUGAAACAGUGUACCCUGACAGAAAGAAAAACUUUUGGCGCUCUGGCAGAAUGAAAAUAAUGUACUCUGAUUGUAUAAUCCUGUGCCAUCUUUCAAGGUUUAGCUAGUACGUUUAAUACAGAAUCAAAAUUUCACUAGGUGAUUUUAAUUUCUUAGUAAAUAGUUUAAAUUCUUAUUUUAAAAUGACAGUAAAUCUAAAGUAUUAAAAUAUUUGAACUAUGAUUGGGCAUUUAGAUUUUUAAUCUACCCCCUGUCCAGAUUCUUUGAACAAAGAUGCAAUAAAGUAGAGCUGAGUACCUUAAACUAUAGUUAAAAGAAGUGAUGGUUUAAUGUGAGAGUGCAGCAUGCUUGCACAUACCACUGAAAUCACAGGCACUUCACGCCUGCACCUGCCAUGUUGCUGGAAAGCAGACCAUACAUAGUCUGGUUUAGUCUUGCAUCCAAACCUGGACUCAUGAAUCCUUCCCACCCCACAAAAAAACCCCACAAACCAUAAGUGGUUAGCAUACCUUGGUUUUUCCACGUGUUUGGAGAGAAACAAACCACAAGCCCAGGUUCUGGGGUAAUGCAUUCUAUGCCACUCUGUGGUUUGUUUCCUGGCUGGAGCACUUAGGAUGCUACACAUUCACAUUAAACAAUAGCUUAUUUGAAUUAUGGUUCAAUGUGAUGUGCAAACUGAUCUGAGUCUUUUAGUUUCAUUCUCACUUCAUUAUUGUUGAAAAGCACCAUGGUUUUCCAGUUCCCCUGGAAUUUCAAACAAAUCCUAGACAUCAGAAGGGAGUUUAUGAAAGAUUAUAAGGUUGUUUAAUAAGAUGCCAGAAAUUGAGUUAGCCUACAUGCUACAACUCAGGGAAGCUCCUGAGCCUCAGGAACAAAGGCUUUGUGCAAUCCCUCAACUUGUCCAACCAAACUUGAAGCCAAGUGCACCUUCGGCAGAGUCUCUCUGAGCUCUUACCUGUGUCCAUGUGAUAGACCUCCCUUAGUCUCAGCCCUGUUCCUGUAGGUGGAAAGGACUUACAGAGAUUAUAUGUCGAAACACUGCUUUGCUUUAACUUGGUCCAGUCCCAUCCACACAUGGUCAGUGAUUGCAAGUGCCUAAGACUCAGAAGCUUCACAAACUGUCCUGUAGGCUAGCUCAGGGACUGCACAAUUCCUUGAAGCCCCCAAAGUAGCUUUAACAGGUUUUUUAAAAACAUUAUCUAAGAUGUGACUAGUGUGCAAAAUUUGGGUACAAAGCACACACACACACACUGAAACUGUAUGUGUAAUUUUCUUAGCUGUUGGACCAUUUUGUCGAACUCACUGAACAUCCAAAUUUUGACAUGAAAAUUGAAAUUGUGAUAUUUUAGCACAGUUUUGCUGUAAGUUGGAUGUUAAAUAUAAAAUAGAAUAAAACUUUUAGUUAAGAAAUAAUGUUUAGUAAAACAUUAUUUAGCACCCCUAAACCUACUAAACAGAAUAAAACAUGAAGAACCUCUGAUAAAAACACUAAACAGUCUCAUCCAGUUGCAACCAAAAUUAGCUGUGCUGCUUAAAGUGAUGCUUAAUGCUAUGAUACAUUAAGUACCAGUAGUUGAGUUCCUGUCUAACAACCUGUGUACUAAGUACUUUGCUACAAAAGGGCAGCAAAGUGAGCAAAGCUAUUUCAAAUACUGCUUCAUCAAUUUCACGCUCCUUUACCUUGAUUAGGGGAAGCAGGAGGAAUUAUAACACAAGAAAAGGAAACAAAUGUGCUUAAUCCUAAUAGUCAGAUUUCUCCUCUUUCCUAUUAUGUUUGCAGAAUUACAGUAUCAAUCUAACAAUUCUGGAUCUGCUGUAGUGCCACAUUAACUUAACCAUAACAGAAUUGGGCUGCCCAGUGGUUAUGAAAUGUUACUUACCAUGCAGUUGUCUUAUGUGUGUCCGCUUGGAAGUAAAUCUCACUCCAUUCAAUGAGACUUACUCCCAGACAAGUGUGUUUAAAAUUUGCAAUCUAAAUCAUGCAGUUAUUAAAACUCAAUGGUAAUUUUAUUUUCAUAUUUAAAAUGUGUAACAGUAUAAAUUCUCAUGGAACUGAGAACCCACCAGUUUUCUCUAGUUUAGUUACUUUGACUGUUGAAAUUUGUUUCUGACUAUACUUUAUGCAUAUAUUUGAUCUUGAAUCUUAAAAUUCUUAUGACCAUGCAUCAAAAAUACAGAGCAGUAAGUAAAAGAGAGUGCCAACUGCGUACUACAGACUAUUGAACACAUUUGUUUGUUCAUUCUUUGCUUUUGAAAUCUGUAAUCUAUGCUCAUUUUAACUGAUUUUUUUCUGCAGUGUUUGUGGUUUUGGGAACGUGUAUUGCUGUGCAGCUGGGGACAAAUCCUGACUGGAUGUUCUUUUGCUGUUUUGCUGGAACGUUCAUGUUUUACUGCGCACACUGGCAGACAUAUGUCUCUGGAACAUUGCGCUUUGGAAUGUAAGUAAACCACCUAAGAGAGAAACCUAAUAUUGCCAAACAUUACACUGCUAAGUGAUUAAGUCAGUCAGAAGAAACAUGCAAAUCUGUAAUCUAUGGAAGAGUAUAUUGAAGCAAUGUUUUGGCCUAAACAAAAGUAGUGCUAAUUAAAUUGUUCUUUCAGAUAGGCACCUUUUCAUCAUAGUGAAUAAUCAGGUUGAAAAUAAUCAUAUGCAGAGGCACCAACUUGCACCAGAGAUUGGGGCAGUGUCACACACAUGAUGUCAGGAGGCGGCUCAGCAUGGUGCUGAGUGCAGUGCAGCUUCAGUGGCCAGUGGCUCCUCUCUCUCAUGUGGCCUCUUUCCGUGGGAGGAGGAGGAGCUGGCCACUGAAGCUGUGCCAUGCUCGGUUCCACGCUCGGUCUCCUCCACCCUCUCAAAAUUGGGGCCACCAAAAUAGCUCGGCCUCCAUGGUGUCCCUGAUCAUAGAAUUUAUUAACAGCACAGAUUGAUUAGGAAUAGUGUAGGAAUUAGAGACAUAAUUAGGUGCCAUGCAGUUCUGUUUUUUCCAUUUUAGACCACAGUCCAAACUCCCUCCUCUGGUUAGCAGGGCUUUGUCAAGCCGUGGAGCAACUUUUGCACCUGCUGCUCAUGGUGGCCACCGUGGAUGGUGGGGGCAGGGAGGGGGAGAACUUUAAAAAUUAUUUUUAACCUCUCUUGCAAGCCUAAGCUCAUUCUGAGUUUUGGCCCACCAGACGUUCCCUGCAACUGUUGGCUACUCGGGUAUACUCUUCCUUUGUGAUUUCCCCUUUCUUCCAUUUCUUAUACAUGGCCUUCUUAAAACUGAGUUCAUCUGUAAGCUCCUUAUACAGCCAUACUGGUUUCUUUAGAUGCCUCCCGCUUUACCUGCUUUGGUAUGCAGAUACAGGCCAGAGGAGAGGGAAGAAAUGAGUGGGAAAGUUUAAUGGAGUGCACUGGAGUUCAGUGUUGCAUAAAAACAUUGCAACACUAGCUUUGAAGGGCAAAAGUAAUUCAAGCAAACAAGAGUGUUGGGUAAACUUUAAAAAAAAUGGGGAAAGGAAGGACAGUUGCCAGGAUUAAUCCCUUCUGUCUCUCAAAAUUACAGUGGUGUGUUAAUUGCUUAAUAUUAAAAUUAGUGCCUCAGAAGGGCAUUGCUUUCUUGGAGCAUUAAUAAUAUCAUACAUCCAGUAGAAAAUAGACAAAUGUAGGCCAUUCAAUUGCUAGUAUGGAAGCUAAAGUUUCUCUCAGGCUGAAGUGAGAGUUUCUCUCAGGCUGAAGUGUUGCAGCCUAACUUUCUUUCUGCAAAUUCUAUGAUAUGCUUAUUGGAAUCUGUGUAUAUGUCUAUUUUUUUCUAUUGCCCACCCUUCUCCAAACUCAAGAUAAAUGUUAUGUAGCUGUUUUAUGCAGUGAUUUCAUGCAAUUGUCUUUGACCCACAAUUCUGGAUUUUGGUGAGCUCACUGAACUCCAGCUUAGGGAGUCACUAGGCUGUCACUGGGUUAGUUAGUGCAUAUCAUGAAAUGAAACCCAAGCUUGAGUGUAACACGAGGUGAGACAUAAGCUUAGCAGCUUUGCUGGCAAAAAGAACUACAUAAUAUUAAAUAACACAUCUUUAAAUAUAUGCUAUACAUUUACAUUUUUACAGUUUGAAAUGUACACUAAUUAACCAAGUUUGUUUUAUUUGACAAAGCAAGAAAGAACAAGCAUUCUGUUCUGUAACCUUUAAGUAAAUGUGUUAUACACUUCGAAAAAUAUGAUUAGUUCAUUUCAAUCUGGUAGACUGUGCUAGUUCAGCUAGCUUUGUUUCAUUAGGUCUUCUCUUUUAUUUAAAUGCAAAUGUUUUAUUAUAAUGGCCUAAAAAUGGACUUGAGUAGCUGCGCUGAGUAUAACUAAUGCUGACUAUUACCCAAAUGUUUAAACACAGCAUUCAAAAAAUCAGAUGCAUUGCUUAGAUUGCAAUAAUUGUUUACUUUGCAUGUUGAAUGCUGUCAUUAUUUUUUAAAAUGUUCCUUUCUUUAGCUUUACCUGUCAUGGAAUGUUUCUCCUUUCCUAAAUACAAUUCACGUUUUAGUGCCUAUUUUUAAUAUAGUGGUUACAGAUCACUAGUUAAGGAUUUAGCAGGUUUAAAAGGCAAAAAGAAAAAAAAGAAAAAGUAUUGUUUCCUCCUAAGUUAUAAAUUUACUGACUAAUCAAAUCAGAACAUGCAAAUUAUUGUCCACACCCAUCUCAAGGGUAGGAAGCUUGUUUAGCAAUAAGUGACCUGACAUCUUCUCGCAUUUGGCUUUUCUGUCUCCUAUCCUCAUUGCGGUGCUACAAGGUAUAAUGCUAGUGUCACCAGUUACCAUUCAUACAAUUUGAAGAGUACAUUUUUACUAGAUUCAAAGCUUCAUAGGUAAUGUUAAAGCAGGAAUGAUAGUUGGGGGGAACAAGCCUUAACAAUACAUGGUGACCGAAACAUUAGCUAAAUUUGAAAGUAGACUGUCAGCCUUAACGUGGAAUAUUUUAAUAUAAAAUAGAUGCACAGCCCCCUUACAUUCUUCUUACUGCUUUAUUUACAAAGAGACCAGUGUAAGUGCUUAAGGAAUCUAGUGUGAGUAAAGCUUCCUUCUUAUAGCUGCUUUUCCUGAGUACAGUGGUACCUCAGUUUCUGAACUUAAUGUGUUCUGGAAGUCCGUUCUUAAACCAAAUCUGUUCUUAAACCAAGGUGUGCUUUUCCUAAUGAGGCCUCCCGCCACUGGUGCCCUUCCAUUGUUCGGCUUCCGUUCGUAGACCAAGGUAAAGUUUGCAAGCCAGAACGCUACUUCCAGUUUUGCGGAAUUCAUAAACCGAAUAGUUCGUAAACAAGACUGUUCGUAAACUGAGGUACCACUGUAAAAGCAAAGUUUACACACAAGUUUAAGUAACAUGAUUGUAAACAUAUUAUCUUUAUUUGCAUUCAUUGGGUUAAAAUAUUACUGUUACAACUGACAUAAUAUUUAGUUUCAAAUUUCAUUGUAUUCAGUAUUGUUAUUGAAAAUGUAAAUCUUUAAUUUCAAUUUCUGUGGUGUUUGCCUAGUAAUUUGUAUUUGAAUUAUGUACUGCUUUUAUAAUAUUUUCAGACUCCUUAUGAGUACAGUCCAAAUCCAUUAAACUCAAUGGGCACUUUACCAUUGACGUCAGUGGGAUUGAAUAGAAUUGUAUGGGAUGUGGAUUUACUACUGCUUUUCAUUUCUCUCUAUAAUUGUAAUUGCAACUGUCAUAACAUUCUGAAGGAGAUUACCCUGAUUUAAAGUCUGUAUCCUUAAUUGUGUGUGAAAAUCUGUUCUUAUGGAACUAUUAAGCUGAAGAUUUCUAAGCAAGCUGUUUUUAAAUGUUUCUUUCCCUCACACAUAGAUUUGAUGUUACAGAGUCUGAACUCUGUCUUGCAAUAAUUCAGCUUCUCACAGGAACUCUGGGACCUGGGUUCUGGAAUAACACGGUAACAGAUACAAAUCAGUGUUACCCAAUGAACAAUGGCAUGAAAUCUCUAGAAGCAGCACCUUUUUGUCAUGCACAGAGUAACUGCAAAAAUGCCAAUUGUUUUCCUGGUGAUAUUUCAUGGACAUUUGUUUUAAAGGCAACUCAUAAUGACUGAAUGAAAAAUAAAAACUCACUCAGAUUAUCGAACUUUUCCGCCCCUCUUUACUUUAAAACAAAACAAAAAAAGCUUUGUUUUGAAACUCUGGUGUUUUCUCCCUUAUUGGCUACUGUAAAAUAUACAGAACUGACUUCACCUCUUUGAAAAGCAGAAUGCCAGAGUGGUGGAACCAUCUCUAUACAUAAGGUCUGGAUUAAUUUUGUUGGAACACCUUUGGAAUAUUUCCUCCCUUUUUUGCUAGAAACCUUUCCACCAGGAAAAAGAAUUGUUUACAUAGUUAGCUAUCGUGAAAUAUAUUGAUGUUAGAAAAGUAUUUUUACAGGGCAAUCCUAACCAUUUCUACUCAGAAGUAAGUCUUACUGAAUUCAGUGGGACUUAUUCUCAGGUAAGUGGGGUUAGGAUUGCAGUUUUAGUCAUGUUUUAGAGUUCCUUGCCCUCACGCUUAGGAAAGAGCGCUAUAGGAUCUUUCCUAACCAUCUUUGUAAUAGUGAUGUAAUUUCCUCAUAAACCGAAGUUCCAUUGCCAGCUUCCGUUUACCUAGAUAUUAGGAAAGUAAAUUCAAGCUCUUAGAAGGGGUUUUGAGCUUUCUGUUGCUUGGUAGAAUCCCGUAUGAAUAUGUUAUUUCUUCAAGAUGACAUAAUUCUAAGAAAGCAACUAAACUUGGGUCUUCUGAAUCUCUCAAUAUCUUGCUUAACUUUGCUGUCCUUUUCUUGCACCUCUUUCUAUUAAUAUUAUAUGUGAAAGCAAAAGUCAUUUCACACAGAAAGAUUGCUGGAACAACCUUUCUCAGUCUAAUUUGUACCUGUUGCCAAGUAGCAUAUGGGUGUUGUUUUUUUCAGUACUUGCUAAACUUAGGGAUUGAAGUCUGUUUCACUCCUGAUACCGUCAAGCGGGGUUGGGUUGGGGAGUCCCAUUCCAAACAAGACUCUCAGGCACAUGGGCAUGGGAGCUAGCUGUACUCUGUUCAUACCGAAAGGAAAUACUGAUUACCUUGGUCAAGCAUAACUGGCAUAUUGUAUGAAGCAGCAUAAAGUUUGGAUGACUUGGUGUGGGGCACAAAACACGCUGCAGAACAGACUGCUGGUAAGUUUGAAACAGAGAGUCAGCUGUGCCAGCAUGUAGGAUCAGUAAGGCGGGGGGGGGGAUAGCAUUUAUAUCAUGCUUUCAGCUGUUCAAAUGCAUACAUGGGGUCUGUAAUCCUUAUAGCAACAAUGUAAGGUCCUGAGGAGGACAGAUGCUGGGGCAUAGUAGCUUCGCUGAAACCUUGUAGUGAGUAGUGGUUGAGGUGGCAUUUGAACUGAAGACCUCCUGGUUUGAGGGAUGCUCAUACCGUAAUAAAACUCAACAGGACCCUGAAUAUUUUUUUCACGAGUUUUACAACUAACUUGCCCCAGCUCUGUGGAGCGGCUGUCAUUUUUAUUUCUAUAUUCAUAUAUGCAUCUGAUCAGAUUUUUUUAAAAAAGCAAGACAAAAUGAGUACAUGGCGAAAUGAGGACUGAGGUAGAAUGGCUCCUGGAGUUGCACAUAACUGACUGAGCAUUUUGUGGUAAAUAAGCUGCACCCGUGAAAACUAUUAGACAGAAGGUGUCCCACUUGGUUUCAGAGUAUGCACCACCACAAGUGGUCUUUCUCAGGUGCAAUCUUUUAAAAUUCCCCAUCUCAGUCUAAUAGAGCUGCGUUCCACUAAAUAGAAAGAUUUAAAAGCUUGCACCCAUGAAAAUAGUUUUGGAGGGAAACCCAAUGCCCACCUGAACACCCUUGGGUUGGCAGCAUUCUUUGUAGGGGCUACCUGCCCCCGUUGAUUUUUACACAUACUGCCAUCAAAGACACAGGCAUUAGAAAGGCCUGCAACCCUCCCUGACCCUGGUUACCCUUGACAGCUUUGUGCAGCCAGGAGAUACCGUAUUUUUUGCUCUAUAAGACUCACUUUUUCCCUCCUAAAAAGUAAGGGGAAAUGUGUGUGCAUCUUAUGGAGCGAAUGCAGGCUGCGCAGCUAUCACAGAAGCCAGAACAGCAAGAGGGAUUGCUGCUUUUCACUCCGCAGCGAUCCCUCUUUCUGUUCUGGCUUCUGAGAUUCAGAAUAUUUUUUUUCUUGUUUUCCUUCUCCAAAAACUAGGUGCGUCUUGUGGUCUGGUGCGACUUAGAGAGCGAAAAAUAUGGGUAUAUAUAUCCCAGUGGGACUUCUUCUAGUUGUACAAAGUUGUCAUUUAGUAGGUGGUGUGUGUGUGUUGGGAGUAAGCUAGAAAUUCUGACUCAGAUUUUAUCAGAACCAAAGAAUAAGUUGGUGAUUUGCAGUAUGUGCCUCUUUCAGGCCAGUAAUAUGACCUGCAAGUUCAUAUCUGAACCUGUGCCUGGUGAGUUUAGCUGGCACCUCAGCUUUGUACAUUUAAUGUAAAAAAGUUGAGAUCUCACAUCUUAGAUUUUAAAGAUGUAAAUGAUGCAUUUAAUACCUUCAAACAUAAAAUAAUGGUUAAUAAAAUCUGAAUUAAAGCAAAAAUAGUAAAUUGAAAUGCAGACAUUAUUUCUUUCACAAAGUCAAUUUAUAAUAGGGAUCCUCCCUGACACAAACAUAAUUGAUAGUGCAAGUGUGGUCCUGAAAUGCUGAUCAUAUGUGGGACAUAACAUGGAUUUAACACAGUUUGUAAGUAUUUGAAGGGAGUGUUUUGAAAAUGUUAUAGUCUCUCAUUGUAAGACUUCAUAUGUUAAUCUAUUAUAUUUUCUCACAAACCCAUCCUGUUCCCACUUUCAGAUAUUUCUUCCUCUUCUGUACUCUCUCUGCUGCCUCAGUUUUCUCUUUGACUAACAGUGUGAUUUACACAAGUUUGCUUAAUCCAGUUCUUCUCUGUUCUUGGUGUAUAUUUCCCCCCCUGCCAUCAUAGAUGAAACUAAUUAAAGUUUCUGAACCAGUAAUUGCAUCUGCCACAACAGAGUAUUAAAUGUUAUGUUAGCAGUGAUUUGAGGCCAAACGUUUGUUAGAAGUUAUGAGCCAUACACUUAACCAAGUGCCUUCAGAAAUUAUGUAACUCAUGCUGGGUGUGAAGACACUUUCCUUUGUAAUUGGCCCUUGGAUGCGGGCACAUCCACAUUUGGCUUUGGAACUUGAACCUAUGUAGAUUGUAGGUAUAAAGUACAUAUAAACAGAAGCAUUUCAUUUCUAGUGCUAAGGUCUACAUUAUGUUUCUCUUGUGAAAAUAAGGGAGUGCAUUGGUGUCCAUUAGUAAUGCCUGUGGAAAAGAAAGAGAGUAGAAAGCAUGUGGCAAAUUAAGAAACCAUGAUUUAUUUAUUUUUCUUUAUAUUAUGUACAUACAAUUAUAUACUUUAUCAUUAUACAAAUGGAGUAUGUACACAUAUGCAACUUUUUUAUUACUCUCUGUGAAUUCAGCAGCAUUCCUUCUCAUUCAUGAAAGACAAGACAGGAUUAUCUGAAAUUAAACUUUUAUUGUGACUCAUGGAAGAAUCUUAAUCCAUCAAACAGAAAGUCAGCACUGUCAGCUUUGUUGGCAUUGCUCACCUUUGAGAAGAGGGGAGGGUACCCAGGAAUGUGCCCUCACUUUCUAACAUGGUCACCUGCUUAGCAGAAGCACUGUAGUCCACAGCCAACCAUGGCCUCUUAGCUAAUGAAUCUGCAUAAUUAACAAUAAAUGGUGAAAACAUGUAUGCUGCAUGCAGUCUUUACAUCGUUAUAUGGGGCUACUCUGAGUAUGGCUUAUUCAUACUACCCAUAAGUGUCAGUUGGCCUAUUAAGGAAGACCCAAACCCCACAAACUUCAGAGUUGCAACCAAGUGCCCUUCAAAAGAACAGCACUAGCUAAGACUAGUAGAAAACAGUGGUGUUGAUGGUUCACUGAAGGUGUAACACUGCCAAGCUCUUCACCAUGGUUAAGAUAUUGGUAGCAAGCUGCAGGCUUGCACCCUUCCUCCCUUCUCCAGUGCAAAUCCCCUUUACCUUAUUUGCCUUAACCAAUUUGGUGCUACUCAGGGAUGCUUCUUAACCAGAGUUUGCAAACCUGCUUCAAACCCUGGUUAGCGUUAACCAUGGUCACUGCCCGAAGGUAUCACAUUUAACCAUGGGAAAAAAUAAAGGGGGAAGAUUUAUUAUUGAGAGGUGAGGGUCCUAAUGUCUUAUCCAUGGUUAGGAGACUGGUAGCAGUAUAUCAGUUCCAUGCCUACGUGAAUAGCAGGACAGAAUGAAAGGAGAAAGAUUGUGAUGAGGGCAAACAUUUUUUUCAAGAAAGUAAGACUCGGAAUUCUUUUUUUUGGUGGGCAAGGUUUAAUGCUUACAUUUCUGCAACUGCUUAUGGUUAGCUGAAAGAAGUAAACAAGUUCCAACUUUUCCUUUUGGCCACACUCCUAGACAGUCAUGGUGUAGGUCGGAGAGAAGCAGAGGUGCAGCCAGAGGGGUUUUGAAAACCUGUCCAGCAGCCAGUCAUCGGUGGAAUGGGAAAUCUAUCUUGCACUUAAAACCAGUUUGCCUAUACAGCCAGUUGAUUGACUUCACUAGAAACCUUUAAAACACCUCUGGCUAUGUAUGUUUGACACAUGCCUGCUCUAGAACUGUCUAGAAUUGCGACCCCUAACUAGAUCUCCAUUUUCUGUGCUGUGAUGUUAACAAACAGCGGUACAGCAACAGUAUAUCAAGAAAACAUUUUCUCCAUUGUUUUGUUUUACCUUGUGCAUGAUAGAGGAGCGCUGCCAUGCUUGCAGAUGGAUUAUAAUUGGCUUUGAGUAAUUGUGCUUUUUUGGCUUUUUUGUACCUAAUCAGAAUUGAUGUGACUGAAGUUCAAGUCUUCAUAAUAACCAUGCAUUUACUGGCAGUGAUUGGAGGACCAACAUUUUGGCAAGCGAUGGUAAUUCUGUUCAUCUUGUAUAUCACAUGUAACUUACAUUGUUUAUUUUCCCCAACCCAUUUUGUUAAUACAUUUAGAACAGUAUCUCUUUCCUUUUUGUUGGAGAGACCUUCCCAUUUUGGCCAUACUGCACUGGUUCAUCCCACAAGAUAUUUAAAGCCAUCAUUCUUUUGUAUUAUGUGCUGCCAUUUAGGCAGAGGGAGCCCAACACAUAUUCAUUAAGGAGAAACUUGGUCUGUUGGUUGAACAAAGCAUUCACAUCUUGAUGGACAGUUCACAAAUCUGCUAAAUUUGGAAAGGGAGGACUAUUGCAACUGGAUGCAGAUCCUGAGCGUAAAUGCGAUGGCAGUGGUAAAUCUUUGGUAACUAUGUCCGACUAAAUAAUUUUUUAAGAUGAUUUGGCUGCCAUAGUUGCUUGAGCAUGCUAUAUGUAUGUCUACUAAAAUAUAAAAAUUUGGUCCAUAACAUAGUUGUGUGUGUCUUGUUUUGUAAGCUAUCUUAAAAUCAAAAGCUAAUUUGCUGCAAAUCAAAUUUCUGCUACAAUUUAAUUAUACAAUAAAUAAAUAAAUAAUAUGGAACUUGCAAAAUGUGAGUUAAUGUUAAUGUGAGUUACACUCAAAAGGAAGUGGUGUGUCAAGAAAAGCCUGGUUAAAAGUAAGCCUAGCUUUCUUUGAAGUAUAAAACACAUAAAAGUAUUUUGAAGUCUGCUCUGAAAAUUUAAUAUGGUGCUAUUUAUAUACACAGUGGGUUUUUUUAGAUUUUCUUGACAACUGCUGCUUAUUUUGGUGGUUUCUUAUACUGGGGAAAAAAACACAACUCCACUUGUAUAGAGGAAAAUGUAUCAUUAAAAUGUUUGCUUAUUAUUUCAAUUGCACAUGUACUCAAUCAUUCCACUUUUCUCUCUAGGGCCUUUCUGUGGCACUUCAGCAUUUGCCCAAUAGUUUCACAAGACAAUAGAGCAAUAUUCUGUUCACAGCUGAUGGAAGAGAGGCAGAAGGCGGGGGGGGGGGAGCUGAUACUAUACUGCUGUUACCUUCUAUGCCUUUUGUUAACCUUGCUACUUAGGUAUGCAGCUCAGCAAGGGAGAUGGAAAGUGCACAGCCUCCCAAAGAGUAAAUGAAUGCCUGCAUAAAUGUUUACAACAUGAUGGGAGAGAGAUAGUUAUGCUGUUCCUCACCACUUUUAAAAAAAAAAAAAUUAAAAGCACUUCUUUUUAAAGCUGCAGUGAUGGUGUGUGCAGCCAUUAUAGAAUUAAAAAAUGAUUUGUUUACAGAGUUGUUUGUUAAUAGGAAAAUUUGGUUGAUUGUCAUUAAUUGACUCAUAGAAUUGUAGAGUUUGAAGGGACCACGAGGGUCAUCUAGUCUAGCCCCCUGCAAUACAGGAAUCUUUCACCCAGUAUGUGGCUUGAACCCAUGGCCCUGAGAUUAAGUUUCAUGCUGUACCAACUGUGCUAUCCCAGGUCUUGGCUUAGUUUGGAUGAUUGUUCAAGUCAUCAUAAAACAUGGUUUAUGAAGCUGUGAAGCAGUAUUUACUUAAUUUAAUUAAUUGUUAAAUUUCUAUACUACCCUUCACCCAAAGAUCACAGGGCAGUUGACAAUAUAAAAACACAAAAAUACAUACCAAACAACCAACAAUAAUCCCCCACACCACAUUUUAAAAGGCCAUAGAUGGUUUAAUUAGCCAAAAGCCUGUAUUAGGGUUGAGUGUCCCACUCCUUCCCCUAAUCUCAUUGUGUGCCAGCAUUGGUGUGAAGUUGCUGUUACACUCAAACUGUGGGACUUUGAUUUAAUGCCAAAGGGCGUGGGAUGUCCUGCUCCCCACUGAUUUGUCAAAUGGCUUUUGCAGAACCAUCUGUGUGUGCGUAUGUUGCCAGUGUGACAAGACCACCCUCUAGUGUCUGCCACUGACAAGGAACUAAUGGCCACUGGGAUGUUGCACCCCCUGCCUGCCAGGAAGAAGACAUGGCAAGGGGAAGAUCAGCCUGGUUCCAUCCAUUAGCCAAGGAAACAGCUGUUCCAGGAAAUUUGUUCCCCACCUCUUACGCUUAAAGAGAACACUGCUACAACUGUCAGUUGUCCUGGGACUUGUGAGAGCAUCCAUCAGCUUACUAGGCUGUGUAUGUGUGAGCUUGGGUGGAUUUGCUUUAUUACCCCUUACUUGUAAACUGUCUUGAGAAUCAUUUGAUUGAAAGGUGAGGUAUAAUCUUCAAAUUAAAUAACAAGCCCCUUUUGUUUCUUUACAGUUCUCUUGGUUUUGUUAAGUUCAUAUCACUGUUUUUCAAGUACUGUUCUUAGUUCAAAUUUCAGGGGAAGAGUUUCAGAAUAAUACCGUAGAGUAAGUGCAACAUCCCUACCAGCUGUAGUUUGGUGGUGGUCAGGAUUUUGCAAAUUAAUUAUAUAAAACAGAUUGACGGUGGCUGUUCAGAAUUGACAAAAGGAAGUUCUUUUUCCACAUAAUGCUGUUUUGCCUAGGGGAUUGAAAAUGCCACAAGAUCCAGUGAUGGCCACAGGCAUAAGUGCCUUAAAAACAGAAUUUGAUAAAUUCAUGGAGGGUUGAUCAACAAUGACGGUUAUGCAUGAUAAUGGAACCAUCAUUUUUCAGGGACAGUAUACCUUUGUCGGAUGCUGGAGACAAACAACAAGGAAUGUCGUCACCCUAUUGUUUAGCUUUACAAGCAUCCCAAGAACAUCUCUCUGGCCACUGUCCAGGGUACAGAAAUUGACCAUGUUUUCACCCAGCACUGCAGCCCCGUGUGCUUAUUUUUCUAUUUGCUUUUCUUCAUUUCUAAGCUCUUAACAUGAAAAUUUGAAAUAUAUUGAAAUGUCCUUUCCUAAUUCUUUAGACAUAUCCUAUCUAGUCUGGCCUCUAUGUGACUUCCAAUUUCUUUAUUCAUAUUAUUUAAUGUAUAUCUCACCUUCCCUAUAGGAACUCAAGGGGAUGUGCAGGUUCGCCCCCUUUUUUCCUUCAGAACAACUUUGUAAGGUAGAGUAGGGUGAGAGUAGAGUGGGGAUUUGAACCCUGCUCCUGCCAGUGGCAGGUCAACAUUAACUACCACACCAUACUUCAUGGAUCCUGGUUUCUGACCACCUCAGAAUGGAAACCUAAAUACUGACUCCUAUGUCCAUUCAGUACUGUCUGCUCUCCCCAGGAAUAAGUUCUCAAAUACUGAUAUUUCUCCUGUGUGUCAUCAUGGAUACAGGUCUUCAGCUUUCUGAAAGGUAAUGUGUGAAAGAAUAUUGUACCCCCUGUUGUUCCUAGGUAGUUCCCAAAUACUAGAUUUGGAAAAGUGGAAUGUUUGAGUUUACUUGAAAUCUAGAAUUCUUUAAACUGUGUCCAUAUUUUUCUUCCUCUCCUGUUAAGAUUCCAGUGCUAAACAUCCCAGUGAAAAUACUUCCAGCUCUUUGUACUGUAGCAGGAACCAUAUUCUCCUGUACAAACUACUUUGGUGUGAUCUUCACAGGUGGUGUGGGCAAAAAUGGAUCAACUAUAGCAGUGAGUUUUUCUUUACGUUUUGGGUAACUCAGUCUCCCUUUUCCCCUGCCAGUCUUUAGAAUGCUAUAUGUCUUUGAGUGGAGUCGUUUUAUUGGUAUGGUCUUCUACUUUGCAUACUGGUGUAAGGAACACAGUUGGAAAGGAGUUUGGCCGUUGAGUCCUGUUGCCUAUCAAAACCUCUUUCUCUGUGCUCAGCACAGAAGCCAAGCAAGCUGCUGAUGGAAGAUAUUGGCAACUUUCCCCAUUGGCAACUUGCUGAGAAAGGGAGCCCCCUUUCUCAGUGGCUGGCAAAGAUCAUCAUGUAUGAAUGUGUGAAAAUUGAGAAGUGUGUGUGUAUGGAAUGUGGGCAGGAUGUUUGUGUCAUCAGCCCUGCUGACCACUGACAUGGAGACCCCAAGUUACCCUUGAGGGAAGGGAGCCCUCGAGUUAAAAAAUAUUCCCUAUCCCAGUCUAAAUGAAACAUGCAAAAGCUUCAGGGGCUUUGGAAAUGAGGAAAUUUCUUUUUUUAAAAAAAAAAUCUGACCCAGAAGACCUAUAAUUUUCUGACAUAAUUUUUAUUUUUGUUUGUCUGCUGGUUGUUUUAGGGUAGAUGUUGAGCAGAUUGAUUUAUUGCUCAGAUAAGCCUGACGUCCGGCACGCUUCCCACCGCGCAGCUCUUGCCGGCCAGGCCUCUGCAUUCCAAAGUCCACAUUCCGAAGCUCUGAGCAAAGCAGAGAUCAACAGCGGCAAGAGAAAGACUGCAAAAACUCCAGAGCAUUCUUCAGUGUGCUUAAAUAAAGUCCACUCAGGAUCUUAGCAGCUAAAAGCAGUUUUAUUUACAGCAGACUAUCCAUUAUCUAUCACAGCGAACAGCAUCGUGAAAACACGUCCUCUCUCCUCAAAAGCGAAAGUAGAGAGGAUGUGUUUUCACGGCCCUGGGCUCCUGCUGAGCUCUCACACAGUAGAUUCAUAGAUUUCACGUGGUAAAUGGUUCUUCAUUUUUCACCGAUGAUGAAAUAACCAUGUCUCUGAUCUACCACACUUAUUUUCAGAUUUUAGUACAAAUGUGGAUUUUCAAUAAAUGUGUUUGUGGGUUUUGCAUUUUAAACUAAGAUGGUUGACUUUUUAGUAUGUAGUGAUAGACAUUGUUUUUUGUUUUGUCAUCCAGAUGAAAAUAUCUGGGCCACUUGUGCUUUAAAAAUUCAUCUGCUCACAUCUGUUAGGCUAGAACUUGGUAUGAAUUGCAUUUCAUCCAGCUGUUUUGUGACUGAAAUUGCACUUAGGCCGGGCAUGCAGCACUAAGUUCACCAUGCCUGCUUUUCUGUUAGAGACUCCAACCACACAGCCAGGUGACAUCCUUCUCUACACUUCCUUACUGCCAGCUGAGUGGAUUAAAGAAGGUAGCGUUAGAAUGUUACAAAAGGACAGUCAGCCAGCCUCCAGUUGUUCUGGAGAUAGCAUGUUGAGAUACUCGUUUCUGUAAUAUGCCCUUGAUAAAUACAAAGCUCUUUCUCUGUGUAGGGAACAAGUGUCCUUUCACCAUUUCUCCACAUUGGAUCCGUCAUUGCGUUAGCUGCUAUGAUCUACAAGAAAUCUGCUGUGCAACUCUUUGAAAAGCAUCCUUGCCUCUACAUACUGACUUUUGGUUUUGUUUCUGCUAAAAUAACUAACAAACUGGUGGUAAGUUAGAGAAUUUAUUUUAUGAGGUGUCCCAUAAAUACAAACAAAGCACUUAACUCUUAUUAUUUGCUGGUCUCAUAUGGUAUACUUUGUUGUGAAAGGUUUACUUUCUUUCUCCAGCUGCAAACAACGAUUUUCCAAACUUCUUUCAAAUACUGCAUUUAUGAAAGUUGUAUAGUGGUAUAUGUAAUGAUACGCCUCAUUUGCUUCCAACAGAGUAUGCCCUGGGAAAUUGGUGAUAGCCCAAGCUAUAAAGAGAAAUCAGAAUUCAGUUGUUUACCCCUCCCCUCCAAUAUUAAAUUAUUCAGUAUAGAUGCUGAAAUAGAAUAUUUAUGAGUUUUAAUUUUCCCCAACAGGUUGCACAUAUGACCAAGAGUGAGAUGCAUCUGCAUGACACAGCAUUCAUAGGGCCAGCACUCUUGUUUCUGGACCAAUAUUUUAAUAGCUUUAUUGAUGAGUAUAUUGUACUUUGGAUUGCCCUGGUAAGUAUUUCCUUAUUUUUCUGGGCAUGAAAAAUAUCCUUGUGUGUUCUUUCACGUUAAUGUAAGCAACUUUAGUUUUGCAGCAGUCUAACGAAAAAGAGGGAAUGGUACAGAAAAAAUCUGGGCAGCAUAGAUAAGUUUCCAAGCAGUUGUUUUAUUCUUGCAUGCUGGCGUACAUUUGGGGGUUUUGUUUUGGAUUUGCUUUUUAAUCUUGUUUUAUAUUUAGUUUAUUGUACAUAACCUAGAGAAUUCAUUAUGAGGAGUCGAAUAUCAAUGAAUAGGGAAUAUAUACCUGCGGCUGGAGAUUGGGGAAGGCUGCUUUAGAGUUUAGAAAAAGCCUUUUGUUUCAGAAAGACAAGGAUAAUUCUACACUUAACUGAAGAGAGGAACCCAUUGCAUAGAGAAUGGAUACAAAAUUUGCAGAACAAAUUAUUUCUGAGCCUUUAUGUUUGGAUGUCACAUGUAACUUCUGUUCUUCUUCCAGAUCUUUUCCCUUUUUGAUUUGCUCCGAUACUGUGUCAGUGUUUGCAAUCAGAUCGCUUCCCACCUUCACAUCCAUGUCUUCAGGAUCAAGACCUUUUCCACAUAUUCUAAUCAUCAUUAGUUAACUUGGUCACUGACACAAUAAGAAAUAACUCACAACUGUUUUCUACAGGAGAGAUUACAAACAUACUGAGGAGACUAUGAAAACUGGAGCAGAUAGGAACAAAUCUAAUUUAUAAUAAUGUUGUAUAACUUCUACUCUUUGUUACUCCUUAGCUAGCCUCCUCCAACAAAAGGGGAAUCCCAAGCACUCUCCAGUCAAACAUGCAUAUUGCCUGCUCUGCUGGUUGUGUGCCCAGGAAAGCAUGCAGAGAGUAAAGCUUUGUCUUUGUAAUUACCUUGACUACACGGCAUAAACUCUUGGGGAAAUGGAUUCCCAAUAACAGAGUACUCUAAUACAGUGUGAUUACAAGCUGUAAGACAAUUUGCUUUCUAAUUUUAAGAAAUCAUCUAUUAGUAAAAAAACCUCACUUAGUACCCACUCAAAAAAUAAUAAAUAAGAGUUGAGCUUGUGAAACACAGUUCCCCCACUAGCUUUUGUGGCUGGAAUGUCUUUGACUUUUGAGUCUGGACUGUGAUCUCAUUAUUCACCUGUUACUGAUACCAGAGGUAGAUUUUUAAGAAUCCAAAACGACACUUAGGCACAGCACUGUCACUGGAAACCAGGCAUUUAAAGUGCCAUCUUUGCAAGCAAUCCACUGUGGCUGGGCAGUCUCUGUUCAUUUCAGUUGGGUGGUGUGUGUCUGCUGAAUUCAAGUUGCUCAGUUGCUGUGCUUGUUGAACUGCACCUUUUAUCUUUAAAAUUCUACCCCCGGUACCCUGUGAUGUGGGGGUGAGCGUCCGCAUGCGGUAGUGUGGUUAUCUCGGUUUAUUUUAUUUUUUAAAAAAUAAACAUUUAAAGAAUUUAUUUCUGUUUUCUUCAGUGGAAAGUCUAUACAAAAUUUACAGUUACUUUUUUUGUAUAAAAUUUAUGCAAAAAUUUAUUUCCGCUCUUUAAUAAAGAAGAAAAUUCUCAUAA